CUUAGUAAAUGUCAUUUUGCAACAAAUGUUUGACAUAUCUGGGUUUCGCAGCUUUUCAUUUGUUUGACAACUCUCUAUAAAUUACCUGAGGUGCACGUGUUAUUUCGGAGCAUUAAUUUUUACCGCUUUCAAUUGUGAAGAAUUAUUAAAAAUGGUUAAAUUACAAAAAUCACUAACUAAACCAGUCGAUUUAGUUGAGAAGAAGAAAAAGAAGGUUAUAGCUCCACCGCUUGCGGGUAUAUCAAAAAUAAGCAAAAAAGAUAAGCCAAAGCAUUCAGUUAAGAACUUGCCGAAGGCCAAAAAGGAAAAACUACUGAAGACUGUAGUCGACGAUCUCGGAGUUGUAGCCCCUAUAAAGAAGCAAAAGAAAGAAAAAUUCAAUAAAGACAAAAAGAAAGCUUCAACUGAACACACAAGUGUGAAGCCCUUAAAAGAUUCAAAGAAAAAAGAGAAGGCUAAGAAACGCCCCCUAGUUCUAGCGCCACCUGAAUCGCCAGCGGCCACCAAGUCUGCAGCGGCUUUCCCACAAGAAAAACCCCAAAAGAAGAAGGCUAAGGGACAGAAGAAAAAUGCUAACAAAAUAGCCAAACCUGUUAAAGAGCAAACAACUCCGUUGACAAGUUUAGAGAAGAAAAAAUCCGCUAAACGGGCAUUCAGAAAGGAGCAACUAAAAAAGAGGCGCGAAAACAAAUUAAAUAAAACACAAAAAUCGCACCCAAAACGGCUAUUUAAGGCGCCGCCAUUCGAUGAAAGCAAAUUCAAUGCCAUUGUUAACGCGGAUAACAUAAAGAAAAUAGCGAAGGGUUUGAAAGAGCAGGUCAAGAAAGAAGUGGCUGAAAAGAAAACCGCUAUAUUUAGUGAUUUUCAAUACUUCUUGAACGUGGCUGCCUUUAAGAUUCCUAAUGUCCCUAAACGCAUGGUGAAGCUAAACCUGAAACAUUCUUUGGUGGAUAAGGACGAUGAUGUUGCCAUAAUAGUAUCUGAUGUACAACGUGGUGCUAAAGUCGACUAUGAGCCCACCAUACAACAUUAUGAGGAUAUUUUCCGUGAGGCCGGCAUUGAAGGACUGACGAUUGUACCAUUCAACAAACUGAGGAAUGAAUGUAACACUUUUGAAACUGUACGAAAAUUUGGAAACACCUACGAUUAUUUCCUUUGUGACGGCCGAUUGGUAGGACAUGCAUCGGGUUUUUGUGGCAAGAUUUUCCAAAAACCGCGCACCACUUUUCAUUCCGUACGUAUGGAUAACCAGAAAAAUUUAAAGCGAGAAAUUGAAAAGUCGCUACGUCGUACUGCAUACAAACAGUUGCAGAAAGGUGAUCUCAUAUCGAUACCUGUUGGUAAUCACAAAUUUACUGAAGAUCAGUUGGCUGAAAAUAUUACAUUCGUCCUGGAACAAUUGAAAAAUACUUAUCCCGGCGGCUUACCCAAUAUACGCGGACUUUACCUAAGAAUCAGCAUUGCUGGUACAACGUCAUUGCCAAUUUAUCUUAGCGUUGCUGAAGCUCCAGCCGAUACACCGUACGUUGUUGGACCACGUGAGGAACGCUUGCUAAAAAUGAAACGAGAAGCAAACGAAGUUCUAUCGCAUUUCAACAUGACAAAAGAAGGUAAAUUGUUGAAACUCUCCAAGAAUGAGGUGAAACGUAAGCAGAAAUUGAAAGAAAUGCGAGAAGAUUUGGAAGCUGAAGAAAAUGAUGAUAAGACUAAAGGAAAACAGAGCGUCGUACCAGCAAAGAAGGCUAAAACUGAAAAUAGUGUAACUGCUAAUAAAGCUGACAAAGAGAAGGCUAAGGAUGAAAAACCCUCUGUAGAAGAGCAUGACGAUGAAGAAGACAGCGAAGCGGAACAAGAAGGUGAGGAUGAGCAAGAGAGUGGAGAUGACGAUGCUCAAGAAGAUAAUAGUGGAGAAGAGGAUGAUAGCGAUGAUGAUGAUGAUGAUGACGAUGAUGAGGAAGGUGAAGAUGAUGAUGAUGAUGAGGAAUCAGCGGGAGAAGGUGGAGACGAUGAUGACGAUGAUGAAGAAAAUCCAAGCGAUAAUGGCGAUGAUAGUGAUGAUGGGGAUGAUGAGUAGCAGCGGCAGUACUUUUAAAUCUGAUAACUUAAGUAGUUUUUAAAUUUAUAUGAAAGUUCAUAAAUGCUAAUAAUGAAACAAGUAUUAUGCAAGUAUUUAGA